AUGGUGAAAGGUUGGCUAAAGAGUGCAAUGGACAAGGACAUGAGAAACAGUGUAAGAUACGCCAAUACAGCCAGAGAUAUUUGGGAGGACCUGGAAGAAAGGUUUGAGAAGGGAAGUGCACCAAGAGCCUUUGAGAUUAGGCGAGCAGUGGUACUCCUACGACAAGAAAAGGUUUAUGUUUCGUCUUACUACACAAAAUUGAAAAGCCUUUGGGACGAGACGAUGGCAAUCUCUCCACUACCAAGAUGUGUUUGCAAUGGAUGCACAUGCAAUAUAUCAAAGCAGUUGGCCGAUAUGAAGGAGAAUGAGCAGUUAUAUGAUUUUUUGAUGGGAUUGGAUGAAGAAUUUAAUGUAGUGAAGUCACAGAUUCUCAGUUCAAAACCAACGCCAAGCCUUAGUAGAGCGUAUCAUAUGGUUUCUGAAGACGAGUAG